AUGAUGGAUCUGUAUUUGCUCGGUUGGAUUUUAAGUUCCGUUUUGAGUUUGUUUGCGUUCUACAGUUUGGUUUUCUCAGGGAAGAGAAACUCCGCUAAGCCGGUGAAGCCGACUGCGGAAAGCGUGACGACUGAUGCCGGAGAAAUUAUAUCGGAGAAGCUUAACCGUGACGCUGAUGUUAUUGUUGUUGGAGCCGGUAUCGCUGGCGCGGCUUUGGCUCACACUCUCGGGAAGGAUGGACGAAGAGUGCAUGUCAUUGAAAGAGAUCUGAGUGAACCUGACAGAAUUGUUGGAGAGUUGCUCCAACCUGGAGGCUAUCUCAAAUUAGUUGAAUUGGGGCUUGAAGAUUGUGUGGACAAGAUUGAUGCUCAGAAAGUGUUUGGUUAUGCUCUUUUCAAGGAUGGGAAACAUACUCGUCUCUCUUAUCCCUUGGAAAAGUUUCACUCAGAUGUCUCUGGCAGAAGUUUUCACAAUGGACGUUUUAUUCAGAGGAUGCGAGAAAAAGCUGCCUCCCUUCCCAAUGUAAAUUUGGAGCAAGGAACAGUCACUUCUCUACUUGAAGAGAAGGGGACAAUCAAAGGUGUGCAAUACAAGAAUAAAGAUGGUCAGCAAUUGAUAGCUUAUGCUCCUCUUACCAUUGUUUGUGAUGGCUGUUUUUCAAACUUGCGCCGUUCUCUUUGCAACCCUAAGGUAGACAACCCCUCUUGUUUUGUUGGCUUGAUUUUAGAGAACUGUGAACUUCCAUGUGCCAAUCAUGGCCACGUCAUACUAGGAGAUCCUUCGCCAAUUCUUUUCUAUCCUAUAAGUAGUACAGAGGUUCGUUGUCUGGUUGAUGUACCUGGUCAGAAGGUUCCCUCUAUUUCAAAUGGUGAUAUGACAAAGUAUCUAAAGACCACGGUUGCUCCUCAGGUCCCCCCUGAGCUUUAUGAUGCAUUCAUAGCCGCAGUGGACAAGGGCAACAUAAGGACAAUGCCUAACAGAAGUAUGCCAGCAGAUCCCCGUCCUACUCCUGGCGCUGUACUGAUGGGAGAUGCAUUCAACAUGCGUCAUCCUCUAACAGGGGGCGGAAUGACAGUAGCAUUGUCUGAUAUUGUGGUGCUGAGAAAUCUUCUCAAGCCUUUGCGUGACCUGAAUGAUGCACCCACACUUUGCAAAUACCUUGAAUCCUUCUAUACCCUGCGUAAGCCUGUGGCAUCCACCAUAAAUACAUUGGCAGGUGCCCUUUACAAGGUUUUUUGUGCAUCCCCUGAUCAAGCAAGGAAGGAAAUGCGCCAAGCUUGCUUUGAUUAUCUGAGCCUUGGAGGCCUAUUCUCAGAAGGACCGAUCUCUUUACUUUCAGGAUUAAACCCUCGUCCCUUAAGCUUGGUUCUCCAUUUCUUUGCUGUCGCAGUAUUUGGUGUAGGCCGUUUACUAUUACCAUUUCCUUCACCUAAGCGGGUGUGGCUCGGAGCUCGAUUACUCUCUGGUGCAUCUGGAAUCAUUUUUCCCAUAAUUAAGGCUGAAGGAAUUCGCCAAAUGUUUUUCCCUGCCACUGUUCCAGCUUAUUACAGAACUCCUCCGGUUUCACAAGAGUGA